AAGUCUUCAACAAAUCCUGCUUGGUUCGGGUUCGCUCGGCACAUGGCGGCGUUCGGCUUCAGUCGGGUUCUGGCUACCGCUCCUACGGCUGUGUUUGGUGCGCCUGUGACGCCAAUCUCGGCCUUACAGGCAGAGACCAUUUUCACUUCCCCCUCUCCGUAGCCCAUGCUGCAGCCGCAUUUCACAGUACACCACGGUUCAUGGGAGUACACACUCAGGAACAGGAGCGGAUAAGUUCAGUGUAUGUGGAAAGUGGUAGUGGGCGGUGACUCAUCUGUCAAGGUACUUACUUAAGCACUCGUUAACAAACACUAAUCCUGAAGCGGUGACGUAAGACUUACAGUGUUGUCAGUUCUUUAACUACGGUGCGAACGUUUUAGUACAUAUUACUACAAAUUUAUUUCUUGCGCUUCGAUGUGGAAAUGGUUUUGGUGUCACGUGGAGGCUUGCCAUGAACAUACCUGCAGCAUCAAAAACUGAUGUUGCUGCUUCAGACCAGUUCACUGACAGUGGAGUAAGUGAGGGAGAAGAAACUGCAGAAGAACAGUGUGUUGGUCGUUUCUACUGCCGUGCAUGUAAUUAUACGGACUUCAAGUCUCGCUACCAGUUUGAGCAGCAUCUUUUAAGACAUGUCAGUACGCCAUCUAUAGUGGUAGAGCGUCUGGGUCGCUCAGAUUUUAGGAGAAGUGUUUCGAGGAAAGCAGUCACCACGCCACGUAAACCAGCUGCCGUAAAGAGCGUCAGCUCCUACAUUGUUCCAAAGAUCAAAAGCAAGAACUCUCCACUUAAACUUACUUUAAAGCUUUCUGCUGAAUCUGGGAACAAGGAGCGUUCAUUUGAAGUUGUCACCCCAAGGACAGUUCUCUUAGGUCCAGGUGAAUGCUUUGCUUUAAACGGUGGUCCACUUGAGCGCAUAAAGACGGAGCAGGAGCCUUCAAGCCAGGAAGUGGAGAAACAUUCAGUGUCAGGUGUGGAGGGGCCAGGGGAAGACGUGCCUGCUCCUGAGCAAGGCUCAGGAGCUGAACAGGCACAAGAAGAUCCACAACAGCCUCGCAGUGAUACUGCGAGUCCUGAGGAGGGAGGGACAGCGCAGGACACAUCCACACGGAACACUACCGAAGAGUCCAACGAGGCCGAAACUGACGAUUUUGUACCACCAGAAGGAUCAUUUUCUCCUAAUAUGGUACAAGUAAAUAAUGGGGCACUGGCUGACCAUUCACAGUCAUGUUCUCCAGAUUUUCCUAGUACCUCACCAAACUUACCAGAUGGAGAGCAGCACCUUUCACAACAUUGUGAUGGUGACGCAACAAAUAGUGGUGACAGCCAUCGUGACACUGUUUCCGAAGAAAAUUCGAACUGUAGAGAAGGCCCACCAAGCCUUGUUAAUGAAGACAGUCACCAUACCAAUUCUAAUUUUUCUUGGGCAGAUGUGUCCUCCACUGGUAUGGAAAGCCUCUCUUCGAAUUCACAGCCACAGGAAGAGAGGGAUCCACUUAUGCUUCCGGAGCAAGGCCAGCAGGGAAUGAUGCAGCUGCAACCAUACCUGCAGGGUGACGAGAAUGCUGGAUCCAUCCUGGGCCUGGGUGGUCCCCCUCCCGAUGCGGUGGGAGUCCCACCUGGAGGUGACAGCUCCGAUCCCUUGCUGCGAGGCUUCUUGUGUGAGCAGCCACCGGCAGAAAAAACUGCAGUUCCCGUGGCUGUUUCGGAAGCAGGGAGUAUGGAAAGUCUCGGUCUGGGGUCAGAAUACAUCUCGCUGGAACGCCUCGGGGACGGAAGUAGUCAGGUGUCUUCUGGCUCAUUUUACUGUGAUGUCUGUGGAGAGCGUGCACCCGAUCACUCUGCCUUGGAAGAUCACCGAACCCGAGCAUGUCACUACAAGUGCACGCACUCUGAUUGUGGGGGUAUGGUGCUAGCAACGGCAGAUGAACUCCUGGCACAUCAGAAUGCCUGCCACGGGGGUCCUCCGCCUCCACCUCCGCCACCACAGUACAUUCAUGCUGUGCCAGUGGAGCAGCUCUCCCAGCCAGUUCAGCGUCUUCCUGCACCUGUCUCCAUGUCUCAGCCACCGCAGCUUCUGCCUGCUUCACAACAACAGUAUGUACCACAAGGUUCACCUGAGGCCGUUCGUCGUCCUACACCUCCCCAAUUGUAUAGGGGACAUUCACCCAACCAGCUGUCUCCACAGCCGCCGCCACCACCGUAUGGCCAGCAAAUGGUAUAUGGACAACAGCCGCAGCAGCAGCAACAGCAGCAACCACAGCCAGCACCGCAGCAGCAGUACCACCCGCAACCACAGUUUCAACCCAUCCCAACCCAGCAGCUGCAACAGCAACCACAACAGCAGCAGCAGCCGCAACAGCAACCACAAACUCGAGGUUAUAGUGUGAUGCAACAGCAACAGUCGCCUCAUCGUGUACAACAGGCUGGAAGUCGCAUGGCAGCAACAACUGUUGUUCGUGGCGGAGCACAAAUGACAAUGGCCCAAAAACGAACAGUUGGACAAGUACCUGGAGGUGGACAAGGUACCUCACCCAACAAGCAGCGCAGAUUAGAUGUGUUGCUGCCAGACAGGCAUGAAGACCCUGACUGUCAUGUGAUCGCCAUUCAAAAACCCACAGAAACAGGACCUCUCAUCACCAGUGUACAGGGGAGUCUGAAUAACACAAAUCGAUCUGAAAUGAUCCAGUUAACUGAUUCAAUUACAUUGUCAGUUAGACAACAGAAACAAGUGGGUGGUGUUAAUGGAGGACAAGUUGUUGGGGGACGCGGAAGAAACAAAGCAAAUGAAGUGGCGAACGUGCUGGCAUCAAGAGGAAUUACAGUGACACCAGCAGCUGACACAUCUAGAGGUGCAAACGUUCAGGCACAGACGAGUCCAUUGCGUGGCAAUCGCGGAUCGGUUGCACAGACUGUACAACAGCAAGUUCCUACCCUCAAUCUCAAUGCAGCCAUCUCAAUCAUUCGUACAGAUAAUGGAGGGGGCUCUCCUGUUCGGCAACGACAAAGGCCUGCACAGCCAGCAGGAACAGCAUCUUUCGCUGUUCCUCAAGGUCGAAGUCCUGGACGCCCGCAGCAAAUAUCACAGGUGGAACGACCACCGAGACCUCCCACUGUUGAUCUGACUGGUGACAAUCCACCUUCUGCUCUCCACCAUCUCCCAAUGAGAAGAGGUCGUGGACGAGGUGCCAAUAUUGGUGGACGUUUUACAUGUCAAAUAUGUGAUAAACAGUUUGCUUCUCAGGAAACUUUAAACCAGCACAUGAACAUCACACAUCGCAGUCCGCCUAACAAAUUGCCUUACAGGUGUAAUCUAUGUUCUGCACAAUAUCCUACGCAACAAGGCCUAACACAGCAUCGACAGACUUUCCAUAAGGAAUCAUUAGGAAAUACAGAACUGGUCAUACCAGUUGUUGACUUGAAGCAAGCUGGUGCACUUUCAAGACUUGCAAACCUUGGGGUGCACCAUUAUGUUCCCUUGAGCCAGCUAAAUAGCCCACAAGGUGGCUAUUUUGGACUUCCUUUAAUGUCCGUAGAUGCCAGUGGGCGUGUUCUUGGUUCUGUGCCAGGCAUGACGGGUCUUAGCACUGGUACUGUGUUCAACCUUGGUCCAUUGAGGCAGCUGCCACGGUAGUUCCUUUUUUGUUCCAAAGGACUGAAAAUGUGUCUUUGUGUACAUGACUUUUGUGAUAUUAUUCCACUUCUGCUUUUUGCUAUCAAGGUAUUUUUUUAUUUACCUGCGAAUGAUGGCACAUUACGGAGACUGUACAAAAAAUUGUUGAUUUUUUUAUUGUUUGUAGUUUUUAUAGUUAUUUUGUUUAUAAGUAUUUUACAGUGUAUUUCACAAGAAAGAGACUGAUCCAAUUUUGUACAAAUUGUAUGUUUGUUAUAAUACUGAAAAAUGUAUAAGUGUGUAGAUCUGAAUUAUUAUUGCAUAAUAAUUAUAUAAAAUGUAUCUCUGCUGCACAAGUAUUUUUAGAACUGCAUGUGAGCCACAAGUAAACCAGUAGAGAACAGAAUAUAAAGUAUUAUUAAUCUAGGUGUGUCUGCAAUGCAUUUUGUAAAUUCUUGUCUGAAUGGAUGAACUGUGAUGUGAACAGUUGUAAAUGACAAUGCCAUUUGGUAGGUAACAUGUUUUCACUAGAUAUAUUUCCAUGUGAACUACUUGUGUUUCUGUCUUUUACUGGCGUCAUUUUUGUAUUUAUAGAUUGCCAUGCAUUUCUUAGUGUGAAAAGUGUAAAUCUGUUUUGGAAUGUGAUAACUGCACUGUAUUAACAUGUGCUAAGUGAAGAGUGGUAUUUGAUGGAUAGUUGGAAAAGAUAACACCUCUUGUCAUGUACAGAAAGUGUACUCACUGAAGAUAAAAUUUCUUCACAUGGUGCCUUAUUGUGCCUUUAUUGAUGCUGCUAAUUUGUUAAUCAUAAAAACUGAUUCCGUAAUGUAUUAUUUUCAUUCAGAAGUGUUCUCAUGUAUAAUUAUUCCCCAAGGUGAAUAAAGCUUCAUUGACGUGCAAGUUUCCAAAACACAGAUUUCCAGCAGUUAGGAAAAUAGGAUCUUAUAAUACUUUCUGGUUACAGGAGUGUGUGUUUUGUAGAAUGGAUGGAUGUCAGCUUAAAUGCGGAAACACCAUCAUUUUGUUUCAUGAACAGUGUUCUGGACAACACACAUUCUGUUGUAGAACUUUGUGUGGAGAGCGUAAUUACACUGACACUUGAUGGAAAGAUUAUCUUUAUAGACUGGUCAGUGUGUGUUGUGUUCUUCAGUGAUCAAAAAUUCAAGAACAGCUUUUAGGAAAAAUCAAAAUUUUCUUGUUAGCCUGAAAAUUAAAAUGUGCAGCCUUCAGUUAUGAAUAACAAGUUCAUUAUAUUCGUCCCCUUAAAAAAUACAAAAGUUACCUACAAUGUUAAUAGUCCAUAUAUCAAGUGAAUAGUUGUUAAGUGAUUAAUCAUAAAGGUAGUUGUAAAAUCAGAUGGUGAGGACAAAUCAGUCUUUAAUUCUAAGUUUACUAUCAAAGUGAGAAUGGGCAAUCACUUAUGCUAAUUUUAUAUAAACUGAAUUACACAGUUUUAUUUCAAAAAUAACUUUCCUUUCUUGCAAUUGAUGAGAGCCUUUGAUGAAAGAGUUCAUCAAAAAUGUGAUAAUGUUGGAUUGUUCAGUGUAAUUUUUGAGAGGAGAAAGUACUGAAGGUUGCAUGUAUUCAUUACAACAUUUUUCUGUGUAUCAAACUUGAUUUGUAAUUUGCACUCUUAGUUAUUCAGAUUUGUUUUUUUGUAAAUGUUUUCUUUCCAUUGAGUCAUCUGUGUAAACAUCCUGUGUGUUCCAAUUUGCCUUGUACUGAAAUGGACAGUGAAAGGCCAAAAUCUGAUACAUCUGGUGCUUCUGGGAGAAAAGGGAUGCAAGGAAAAGUUCCUACCAAAGUGAUUUACAGUAUGUUGCUUUAAUCUCUUUAAUUGUAAUAUGAGUAACAUGUUUAAGUACAGGGAAAGGAAUGGAAAGGUGUAUAUUGGCUACCAUUAAAGCUGUGUGCCAUGUUAUGAUUUGCAGAUCAAGCACUUCUGUGUACUGGCAAGGAAUUUGAAAAGCUGUGUAAUUUGCAAGCAGGUUCUUGUGGUAACUACAUGGUGACUUAUUUAUUUGUACCAUAUUCUUAUCUUUCUUGCUUCUCCAGCUGACUUCAAAAUUAUAGUUUUAUACAAUUUGUGUUUUGAAAAUUGUAAUUACAAUUUGUGUAUUGUAUAGAAACUAAUAUUUACUUUAAAAUCUUAAAGUAAAAUACAAAUUUUAUGUUGUAAUAUUGAUGAAUCCCAGGGAGGAUGUGUUAAUGAAUGUCAUUCAUCAUUUAUAUUGAAGUACCAGAUUUUUUUCAAUUGAUGGAUAUGUUGAGAUGUGUGUUUUAAUGCAUGUUAUAAAGAGAAAACCAUAGAGCUGUAUCAGAUGUACAGAUUAUUUGCUGUUAAUCUCUGGCAGCUAAAAAAUUUAUAUUAACAGUUCAUUAUUGCAUAUGCAUGUAUAUGAGAGUUUUAUUUCUGUUCAUUGACAUUUGCUUUAUGUGCAUUUAUUUAAAAAAGUUAUUGUUUUCCUAGCAGAUAUGAACAUUCUUUGUGUUCACACAUGCAGUUGUGCAGAGUUAUUCCAGUGUGAUUUGAGACAGAUUGUUGUCUUGAAUUACUUCCCAAUAUUUUUUAUCUUCAAUUUUUUUUUCUUUUUCUUUCCCUCCCCCAAACAUUUGUACAAACAUAAUCUCAUGUAACUCUCAUACUGUCAUAUCAGUAAUAAAAAUAUUGUAGCAAAUUGCAUGGACCAGAA